UUGGCCUGCCCCUCCGUUUCCGGUGGAAGCCUUGCCACUGUGUUUUUCUCCCCCCCCCCCCACUUGUUCCUUUUCCUGUACGGAGUCCUCCCUUAAAGACCUGCUGCAACUUUCAGAUUAUAAAGUAAAAUGAAGUACAUUCUAGUAACUGGUGGUGUGAUAUCAGGAAUUGGAAAAGGAAUCAUUGCAAGCAGCGUGGGCACGAUCUUGAAGUCAUGUGGUUUACAUGUAACUUCGAUUAAAAUCGACCCGUACAUUAACAUCGAUGCUGGGACAUUCUCUCCUUAUGAGCAUGGCGAAGUGUUUGUGCUGGAUGAUGGUGGAGAAGUUGACCUUGAUCUGGGAAACUAUGAACGAUUCCUUGACAUCCGCCUCACCAAGGACAAUAAUCUGACCACUGGGAAGAUCUACCAGUACGUUAUUAACAAGGAACGCAAAGGAGAUUACUUGGGGAAAACUGUCCAAGUUGUUCCUCACAUCACAGAUGCCAUUCAGGAGUGGGUCAUGAGGCAGGCAUUGAUCCCUGUGGAUGAAGAUGGCCUGGAACCACAAGUAUGUGUGAUUGAGCUUGGUGGAACAGUAGGUGAUAUAGAGAGCAUGCCUUUCAUUGAGGCUUUCCGACAGUUCCAGUUCAAGGUCAAGAGAGAGAACUUCUGUAAUAUUCAUGUCAGUCUAGUCCCUCAGCCAAGUUCAACAGGGGAGCAGAAGACAAAACCCACCCAAAAUAGUGUUCGGGAACUCAGAGGGCUUGGCCUUUCUCCAGAUCUGGUUGUGUGCAGGUGCUCAAAUCCUCUUGACACAUCAGUAAAAGAGAAAAUAUCAAUGUUCUGCCAUGUUGAACCUGAACAGGUGAUCUGUGUCCAUGAUGUUUCGUCCAUCUACCGAGUCCCCUUAUUGUUAGAGGAGCAGGGGGUUGGCGAUUAUUUUCUUCGAAGACUUGACCUUCCCAUUGAGAGGCAGUCCAGGAAGAUGUUGAUGAAGUGGAAGGAAAUGGCUGACAGGUAUGAUCGCUUGCUGGAGACCUGCUCUAUUGCCCUUGUGGGUAAAUACACCAAGUUCUCAGACUCAUAUGCCUCCGUCAUUAAAGCUCUGGAGCAUUCUGCACUGGCCAUCAAUCACAAAUUGGAGAUUAAGUACAUAGACUCCACGGACCUGGAGCCGAGUACCUUGAUAGAGGAGCCGGUGCGCUAUCACGAAGCCUGGCAGAAGCUCUGCAGUGCCAAUGGAGUGCUGGUUCCAGGGGGGUUUGGUGUUCGUGGAACAGAAGGAAAAAUCCAUGCAAUCUCCUGGGCUCGAAAGCAGAAGAAACCAUUUUUGGGUGUGUGCUUGGGAAUGCAGCUGGCAGUGGUGGAAUUUUCACGAAAUGUGCUGGGAUGGCAAGAUGCCAACUCUACUGAGUUUGACCCGAAGACCAAUCACCCUGUGGUCAUCGACAUGCCAGAGCAUAAUUCUGGGCAGAUGGGUGGAACCAUGCGACUGGGCAAGAGGCGGACCCUGUUCCAGACCAAGAACUCUGUCAUGAGGAAACUCUACGGGGAUCUGGAUUACCUGGAGGAGAGACAUCGCCACAGGUUUGAGGUGAAUCCAGUCUUGAAGAAGUGCCUGGAAGAGCAAGGCUUGAAGUUUGUUGGGCAGGAUGUGGAAGGAGAAAGAAUGGAAAUCGUCGAAUUGGAAGAUCACCCCUUCUUUGUGGGUGUGCAGUAUCACCCUGAGUUUCUGUCCAGACCCAUCAAGCCAUCCCCGCCAUACUUCGGCCUCCUCCUGGCCUCCGUGGGGAGACUCCCACAUUACCUCCAGAAAGGCUGCAGGCUCUCACCCAGGGACACCUACAGUGACAGGAGUGGAAGCAGCUCUCCUGACUCUGAAAUCACAGAACUGAAGUUCCCGUCAUCGAAUCAGGACUGAAGCUGCAGCGGUAAGAUACGACAGCAGCACCUUCAGAC